AUGAUGGCUUGGAAGGUUUCAACUGGAAAUGUUGGCGGAAAGGCCCAAGAGAGCGCCCAAGGACAGGACGAAAGGCCGAAGCACAACGCAUCCCAGCGUCCGAAGUAUGACGACCAAAGAGCGCCUCGCUCAACACUUUGGCCUUGCAGCCCUUGCGCUGGAGGUUACAACGAAACACCAGCCGAAAGAAGUCUACUCCUUCGCUCAGUCUCUCCCUUCUCUUCGUUCUCCACCCUGGGACGCAUUUCGUUGCUUUCAAUCUAUUUUCGUGCCUCGCUUCCAAGUACUCUGGUUUUUGGGCGACGAACUCAUACUCUUCAAAUUGGUCUCAAUAACCUCAAAUUUCUUCCUCCCAACGACUUGUUUUGA